UACAUAAGAUUCUCUAAAAAUUAAAGUCGGUGUGAUGGGGAAAAGAAGAGCACCAUGCUGUGACAAAAGCCAAGUGAGGAGAGGGCCAUGGAGUGAUGAAGAAAGUGAAAGACUCAGAGCUUUUAUCGAAAAAAAUGGUCACCAGAAUUGGAGAUCUCUUCCCAAACUCGCUGGAUUGAUGAGAUGCGGAAAGAGUUGUCGUCUAAGAUGGAUAAACUAUCUGAGACCAGGUCUCAAACGAGGCAACUUCACCAAAGAAGAGGAAGAUACCAUUAUCCACCUUCACCAGGCUCAUGGAAACAAGUGGUCUAAGAUCGCAUCCCACUUUCCGGGAAGAACAGACAACGAGAUCAAGAAUGUGUGGAACACUCAUCUCAAAAAGCGAUUGAUGAAGAGAAAAUCAUCAUCAUCAUCAUCAGAAGAAGAUGUCACCAAUCAUUCAGUGUCCUCUACGUCUUCUUCCUCUUCCUCAGCAUCGUCAGUCUUGAAGGAUGUUAUUAUAAACAACGAGAAGCCUAACCAGGAAGAGGAGUUUGAGGAAAUCUUUGUGGAGCAAAUGGCAUGUGGAUUUGAGGUGAAUGCACCACAAUCACUAGAAUGUCUCUUUGGAGAUAGCCAUAUUCUUCCUCCUAUAUCUAAACCAGACUUACUAGAGAUCCAUGGGAAAUCAGAUCACGAGUUUUGGAGCAGACUGGUUGAACCAGGGUUUGAUGAUUACAAUGAGUGGCUCAAUUUCUUGGAUAACCAAACUUGCUAGAACACACAAGGAGUUGAUCCAUCAUGUACUGUUGCACUGUCUUUUUCUUUCUUAUAGAUAAAUUUAGACUACACUGAGAACUCGCUGUUUUUCUAAAACCUAGAGAAUUUGGAAACUAGAAUGUAAACGAGUCAGAAGCUAAAUUGUUGGUAUUAUUAUA